CAUAUCAAAUGACUGAUUGUCGGCAAGUCCAGCGUAAUAUUAAACCAGGCUGUUCAAUAAUCGACACCUUAACAUAAUGUUUUAGUGCUGUAGAAAUAAGGAAUAUAUUUUCAUGUAUUGUGCUUGAAAUAAACAAAAGAAGUAUAUAAAUGUUAACACAGAUACGGUUUUUCAAAAUACUUUGUACAAAUGAUUAGUUAAAACAAUUUUAUAGAUGUAUAGUAGAUCAAAUUUAAGCAGAAGUUGGUCGCAUUACAAUGGACCGACGGAUCAGUUUUAUUUGUACUAUGGAAAGGAUUUACCCAUGUGUCCGGCACCGGACUACCCUGGCUCGUCGGGGAAUAUUUCGAGACCCACAGAUCGGUCACACAAACACAUCGGCAAAACUCGAAGUCGUUCUACACAAAUCACGCAAAUGUCUUCAUCGGGACGGGGAGAUAAGAUGACGACAGGCUGUCAUCAGUUUCUUAAAUAUGCCAAUAUACUCUUCACAUUUAUCAUUUUUAUUGCUGGAGCGGGUAUACUUGGUUUAGGAAUAUACAUUCUCGGCUCGGACUAUGGUGCCAAACAGAUGUCUGAAAUACUCGGCAAUGAUCUUUACCAAAUAGCUGCCUACGUUCUCAUUGUUGCCGGAUCUGUGCUGGUUCUUAUCUCAAUGUGCGGAUGCUGCGGGUCUCUUAGAGAGAGCAAAUUUAUGCUUGGCUGUUUUAUUUUUGCAAUAUCAGUUCUAGUAUUAGUACUCAUCACCGCAGCUAUAAUUGUGUUCGUCUUCAGGCAAAAGAUGGAGGGCGACGUCAUUCAUUCGAUGGAAGACAUUUUAAUAGAGAAAUAUGGUGUAGACCUUGAAAAGAACUCAGACAACAGAAUGAUCACUGACUUUUGGAACUGGCUACAGAGAGAAUUACAAUGCUGUGGUGUGACAGGCGGACUUAACAGUACAACAUCCUGGGCUAUUUAUAGACAUGCUGAAUGGUAUAAAGGGUUUGAGACUGGUAAACCAUAUGUUCCGCAGAGCUGCUGCAAGGUUGACGGAGAUAUUAACCUGUGCACCGGUAUUACAGACUUUAAUGGGCCACCAUCUCUAACUCCACCACUGCUGGGAAACUUUGAUACUAAUUCCGAACUUUAUACUGUGGGUUGUUAUGACGAGCUGGUACAUUACAUACAGAGUCACGCCAUUAUCAUUGGUGUCUGUUCCAUAGCAACAGUUGUUGUCAUGCUCUUUGGUCUGUUUUUCUCCGUGUACUUGUGCAGACGGAUCGACGUAGAAUAUUACAGCUACUAACACAUGUCAAGUCAACAUAGACAUUGAACAUUUUACCUUACAAAAUCGUACCAUCAACAUAAAUAGAUCAAACAGGACAAUGUGUUCAAACGCUGAUCAACGGUGUUCAAACGCUAAAAUAUUGUAUAGAUUAGAAAGAUCUUGUUCAUUGUGCUGGACUGUUUAGACGCCUAAAUAUCGAAACUAGCGUUCAAACAAAAUUAAUUGCAAUUUAUAGGCAAGUUAGGCAACACUAAAUUUAUGCUGACAGCUUACACCUUUUAGAAAGUGUACGACAUUGUCAGCCUUGCCAUUUUUUGUUACAUAUAUAAUUUAUUCUUUCUUUUUAACUGUGAUAUACAUGUAUUGAUACUCUCUAUAAAAUGAGAUCAAUUUAAGCUCAAAAGGAAGGACAACAUUAAAUGAUGGUUGGCAGUUCUUAUGUACGAUUUUAACCCUUAACCUGCUGAAUUCAUAUCAUAGAUUUGUCCCGUUUCAAAUUUGGAACUAUUAAGGAAUUCUUGUAUUUUGAUAUAAAAAAUGAUAUCAAAUUGAUAUCAAACUUGAUGUAAAAAAGUAAAUGAAAAUAAAAUAUAUAAAUAAAUA